CCUCUCUCUCUCCUGGCCGGUGAGCAUGAUUUGACUACGACUACUUACUAUCGACCCCUCUCAUCCACUUUUCGUCUCCUUGGUCCCUUCCCGAGGUUGUGGUCUUUUCUUCGCCGUCACUUGGCGUCAUUGGCCUUAAUUCUUCUUCGAAGCUGUCAUGGUGCUUUUGUAUCCCCUCUAAUCUAAGUACUGCCUUCCUUCCGCUUCCAUUGGAUUUCGAUCAUUCUUCUACAUUACGAUCACCAUGUCACUACUCCCGCGGUCCGUUCCUCGGAUCAUCCUACGAAGGUCCUAUGGUACCGUCCAGUCCUCCCCCAGUGCGGCUUCAAUUGCCAGCAGAAUCCCGGUGGCUCUGCAAGAGGCAACGGCCGCAACGGUGCCCCGGACCACUUGGACCCGCGAAGAGGUCCAGCAGAUUUAUGAGACUCCGUUGAACCAACUGACCUAUGCGGCGGCUGCCAUUCACCGUCGAUUCCAUGACCCGUCCGCCAUUCAGAUGUGUACCCUGAUGAACAUUAAGACCGGAGGAUGCAGUGAGGAUUGUUCCUACUGCGCUCAAUCGUCGCGUCACAACACCGGGUUGAAGGCGACAAAGAUGAGCCCCGUGGAUGAUGUGCUGAAAGCCGCCCGCAUUGCUAAAGCGAAUGGAAGUACCCGUUUCUGUAUGGGUGCGGCCUGGCGUGACAUGCGCGGUCGCAAGACAAGUCUCAAGAAUGUCAAGCAGAUGGUGUCGGGCGUCCGGGAAAUGGGGAUGGAGGUUUGCGUUACUCUGGGCAUGAUUGACGAGAACCAAGCCAAAGAGCUGAAGGAUGCCGGCUUGACGGCUUACAACCAUAACCUGGACACGUCCCGGGAGUUCUACCCCACCAUCAUCACGACCCGGUCGUACGAUGAGCGCUUGAAGACUCUCUCUCAUGUCCGUGACGCGGGCAUCAACGUUUGCUCCGGUGGUAUUCUGGGCCUCGGUGAGGCGGACUCCGACCGUAUCGGUCUCAUCCACACAGUUUCCUCUCUACCUUCCCACCCGGAAUCCUUCCCCGUCAACGCUCUGGUCCCCAUCCCGGGUACCCCACUGGGUGAACGCAAGAUGAUCUCCUUUGACAAGCUCCUCCGCACCAUCGCAACGGCCCGUAUCGUUCUCCCCGCGACGAUCGUCCGCUUGGCCGCGGGCCGCAUCUCUCUUUCCGAGGAACAACAAGUCCAGUGCUUCAUGGCCGGUGCUAACGCUGUCUUUACCGGCGAGAAGAUGUUGACGACUGAUUGCAAUGGCUGGGAUGAAGAUCGCGAAAUGUUUGAGCGGUGGGGCUUUUACCCCAUGAAGAGUUUCGAGAAGGACGCCGACGCCUCCGUCUCGAAGGAAUCCGCUCCGUCGGAAAAUGUAUCCGCUGCGCCGGCCGCCGCGAGUUCGUAAAUAGUUCUGUUUAACCCCUCCACUACAUUUGAGAUUAUCAUAUCACUCUACCCGCCCUCCUCGCAUGAGUCAACUCUAUGAGGCAUUAUUAUGAUCCAAUAGAAAUCGUUCGAUCGACCGCUAUAGAUGCCUGGUCCCCUCCACUCGUAGAAUUGAUUCGACCCCCGGGCUCUGCCCAUGUCUUGGAAAUCCCUUGGCAAGUAUCUAUGAUGCGGACAGCGGUGCAAUGGCUCUUGUCUGUAUCACCCAAAUAAUGACGGUUGCCUAAUACUUAUCACAUGAGGCUGGUUCUGUGUUUCUUUGCCCCUCCAUGGUGUAUUUAAGGGCCCUGUUCUUCCGCCCCCCGCUCCCAUUUUCCUCCCUAGGCGACC